GAUGGACGUAAAGAUAGGAAGAUCGUUUAAAUUAACAAAGAAAUUAGGUUCAGGUGCUUUUGGAGAAAUAUUUCAUGGAAUCAAUCUUAAAACAAACAUGGAAGUGGCAGUUAAACUUGAACCUGUAAAUACUAAGCAUCCACAACUGUUUUAUGAAGGAAAAUUAUAUUAAUACUUGUUACAAGAACCCUCAGUUAUUGAUAAAGGAAUUCCAAAUGUUUACUAUUGUGCAACAGAGGGUAUUAAUUUUUAGUAUAAUUAAGGUGAAUAUAAUAUCAUGGUUAUGGAUCUCUUAGGUCCAUCUUUAGAAGAUCUAUUCAAUUUAUGUGGCAGAAAGUUUUCACUUAAGUCAGUAUUAAUGUUAGCUGAUCAAAUGAUUUAAAGAAUUGAAUAUGUUCAUUCUAGACACUUUUUACAUAGAGAUAUUAAACCAGACAACUUUCUAAUUGGAACAGGAAAAAGGUAAAAUGUAUCAAAAUUAAUAUAGAGCUCAUAAAGUUUACAUUAUUGAUUUUGGGUUAGCAAAGAGAUAUAUUUAAAAAGAUGGAAAACAUAUUCCUUAUAAGGAAGGUAAAAACUUAACAGGAACAGCCCGUUAUGCCUCUAUCAAUACUCAUCUUGGCAUUGAAUAAGUAAUUAAAAUAUUUAAACUUUAGGGAAGAAGAGAUGAUCUUGAAUCAUUAGGCUACGUCAUGAUGUACUUUUUAAGAGGAUCUCUUCCAUGGUAAAACCUUAAGGCUUCUAAUAAAAAAGAUAAAUAUGAAAAGAUUAUGGAAAAAAAGAUUUCAACAUCAAUAGAAACAUUAUGCAAAGGAUUUCCAUAAGAAUUAGCUACUUACUUAACAUAUGUAAGAAAUCUGAGAUUUGAUGAAAAACCAGAUUACAGUUACUUAAGAACUUUAUUAAAGGACUUAUUUACCAAGAGUGGAUUUGAAAUGGAUUAUAUUUAUGAUUGGAAUCUAAUAUAGAAAACAGAUGGUGCUCCUGGACAAACCACAAACAAUUCUUAACCACAAUAGCCAGCUAUCGGUUAAGUACCCGCCAAAUAAGGUUGA